GAGCUAUAAAAUCAGAGAAGGUGCAAGUGUAUAAUUAGUAUAAACUCUGUUAGACAUGGGGAAGUAUUACUGGACAGUGGACAUAGUACCUAACCUAGUACCUAGUACUUAAUGUAAAUAUCUACAAUUCCUUCUUUUUCGUAUACUCAACGUUAUUCGAUGUUGACGUUAAAAGAAUCCAUUCAACCCUUCCCCCUAUCACCACCUUAAGGCUGGAUUGGAGAAAGCGCUCCUUGACUAAGUAGUCAAGGCAUAUAUCUCUCUCAGGUCGCUAGCACCUACUUCGUAGUACUUAGCCCCUUUUACUUCUCGUUGAGAUAGGUCAUGCGAUAGAGUCAUGAUGGACAACUUUAAGAGUUGCUUCCUCCGAGUGUUCUAGACGGAAGUUGUCUAUGCCUUCCAGGUAAGAAGUGACAAGUUACAAAUUGGAAAUGACAGCCCCUUUCACUACUCGAGCCUCCAGCUCUCGCAUGUCUCCUAGAUUCUCCCUUUUCCCAUUACCCUUGAAUCCAACUUCGCCUUGUCUGGAUUCUCAAGAUGGCGGCUACAAUCUACCCCUCUCACAAAUCCAGCUCUCAUCGUUCUUCUAUCCCACGACUCAACUUUGACGCAGCCAUGGCUUCUCAAACUCCGCCUCCACCUUCUCCGAAGCCAAACAGCGGCGGCGGUACCCCUCCUCCCAAGCCUGGAGACCCUAAUAAUUACCGUCUUCUCUCCCAUCCCGAAUGGGUUCAGUUCUGUCGAGGCAUCGGAGUGCUGAAAGACGACGAGAGCGAGGUGGUCGUCCGCCCGACUAGUCGAUGGUGGCCACCCAAGGGGUUUCGGGACGGCUUAUAUAAAGAUGUCCUUUUCGAGAAGGCCAAAUUCACCUACUGGUUCCACCUCGUGAGCACCCUACACUGGGUCUUGAUGCUUGUUCAGAUUGCCUUGAGUGCUGUCUUGACUGCUCUGGGAUCUGUAUCAUCGACAUCCAAGAAUGGAGUUACUAUCACAUCUAUCGCUGCGGUGAAUACUUGUAUCGGCGGAAUCCUUGCCCUGCUGCACAACAGCGGCCUACCAGAUAGGUACCGCUCGGACAGAAACGAGUUCUAUAAACUCGAGGAACACCUCAAGACUAUCGUUGACACCGCCCUCGUGCCCGCGGACCAAAAUAUCAACGAAGUCAUUGCUAUUUGUUUCGAUAUGUUCCGGGACGCCAGGCAAACGGUCCAGAACAACAUUCCAGCUUCGUACACCCCUGCCCCGGCCAGCAACAAGCCACCGCCAGCCAGAGUUUCGGGGACGGCCGACCUGAAGAAGUGAAAUUAGCUCAUUAAUAUACUACUAUCAUUGGAAGGAGAAAUCUAGGAGCAACCUCAAAGGGGUCUUCUAUUAGCAUAACAUAUUAGACCAGUGAGCCUCGAGGGAUCAAUGUCAGGCUCGAGUUAAUUAAUGGUGGUAACAUUACUAGUAGGUUAGUUAAGUCUGUUAUUGAGCUAGGUAGUCGCGAAGCAUCUUGCUAGAUUCCUUAGAGCAUACAGCUCGCUCAUACACUGUACUGUGCGUAGCAAGAGUUUUUAUCAUCAUGUACUCUUAGAGGAUACCUAGGGGAAAUAGAGAUUUUUGACGAAGAAAAAA